AAUAUUCAAUGUGUUAGUGCAUAAUAUUAUAGCGUUUAGAUAUUUGCAUAAGCUAAUUCGUUCACUGUCAUUAAUUGGUACUCAUGCUUGACUGAGUAAUACACUGAAGCAAUAAAAGAGGAUAUGAAGGUUUUGUUUCUUUCAGUGUUUAAGAGUUAAAUGUGAAGUGGUCUUUGAAACAGGGAAGUUAAACUGCGGUCUAAAGUUUAAAUUGUAAACCUUAUAUCAAGUUUAGAACGCAAUGAGAAACCGUAUAUGUCGAAUGUGAACGUAUAUUAAAAUCACUCUUUUGAAUGCUACCUUAACCUGGUCUGUAUACGUUUAAGGUAUUGUAUUAUCUUGUGUUUAUGAUAUAACAAAAUAGGAAGUACAAAUGCAUUGGUUCAUCCUGGUAUGAAAAUACAUCAACAACGCCAUCAUGACGAGAGGACUAACCUUUGCGGAGGCAUUUUGGGACUCGGACAUCUGCGGGACGCUGGGCUGGGACCGGCUAUGUAAGCGGAUGAAGGAUGGGCGCAAGGUGUGCGCAGACAUCACCCACUAUUUCAAGGAGAGGGCGAAGGCGGAGUCUGACUACAGCAAGGCCUUGGGUAACCUGGCCAGGAAGACCGACUGUAAGGACGAGACUGGGGGUCUCGGCGAGAGUUGGCGGGCCCUAAAGGAGCAGACGGCAAAGAUUGCUAACGUACAUGAGGAGGCUGCCAUUAUGUUCAACCAGCUAGAGGCCGACCUCGCAAAGUUCAACGAUGAACAAAAAAAAAAUAAACAAACAAUAGAAGAAAAUGUGAAGAGGUACAUCUCGUCAAAGAAGAAUGAAUACCAAAAGACAAUGUCGCUAAAGAAGUCGUACGAGGAAAAGUGUAAAGACUUCAACAGCGCCGAGGAGACGUUCGAGACUGUCAAGACCGCCGUCACAACGAAGAAAAACGAGCUCGAAAAGUCGAAAAACAAAAUGGCCAAAUGUAAGGACAACCGCGACAAUGCAGAUUUGGCGUAUAAAAGUGCAAUAGAAAGUUUAGAAAGUAUUCGUGCAAAGUGGGAGAGCGAAAUGGAGGCAGCGUGUUACCAAUUUGAGGCGCUGGAGGCGACCCGGAUUGACUCGGUCCGCGACCUGCUAUGGCGCUGUACGAACGUCGACUCCAUGGCUUGCGUCAAACACGACGAGUGUAGCGAGGACGUGCGCAUGGUGCUCGAGAAGUGUGACAUCAGCGCGGACAUCCAGGACUUCAUAGACACCAACAAGUCCGGCAGUAAACGACCAGACCCAGUGCUGUAUGAGAACUACUACAACACGAAGGCCCUACCUUCUCGGCCAGCCUUUCAGCCACCCCCGGCCCAGGGACCCCCACGAUUCUCGGCCCCUGAGAGGCCCACGGUGCCAUCGAACGGCAGGAGACCUAUUGUUAUAGAUGAGGGUGAAUACGCAACAGUGGAGGAGGCGAGGCCAGCAAGUAAUGUAUUCCUCACGGUAGUGCAUGGCCACAUAGCUGCGAGUUUUAACGAGCUAACGGUCCACCGGGGCGAGCAGCUGGAGGCAUGUCCUAAUUCUCGGGGGGCGUGCGAUCCUCCGGGGAUGGUCAAGGUCAAGCACGGGCACAGAGUUGGCUACGUCCCCAUACACUGCAUCUCCCAGACCGCUCGCUAAUCAACAACCAUAUUUCAUUUAUGAGUAGCUAGCUUUGUUCAAGUCUUGUUUGUAGAAUGUUAUUUUCGUGAUAUCGUUCCUUUUCGUUUUAUGUGCCAACCAAAUGGUGCUUCAAGAAAUUGGUAUUACAGUGUACACAUAUAUAUAUUGACAGAUGAAAUAUUCAAAAUGCUAUAAGUAAAGACAUGCCCUUCAGUUACUUUCUUUUAGUGUAUUUAUCUUGUUGAGACAGUUUUUUAUAUGCAUAAGAAAUAAGGUAUCGAUAGUACUUGCACACAUGCGCCGAAAAAUAGUCCUUGUGAUCUUUUGUAUUCAUGUAUAUAUUUUGUUAUUCCUUUUUCUGCGAUCUGUACUAAAAAUAAAACACUAAAAUAGAGAA